AUGAGUUCAAAUGCUAAUCUGAGGGCUGAUAUAAGAGUAACUGUUGAAACUUGUACAUCAACAAAUCCUGUUCAUAAGAAGGAACUUACCGUGCGUAUUACUGAUGAUGCAGGUCCAUUAUUCUUGUAUUCUCUUGUUAUAGGAGAAGAAGAUUUUCAGAGUUUAAAGAGCCAACAAGGAUUGCUUGUAGAUUUUUCAGCUUUUCCUCAGAAAUUCAUUGAUUUGUUAGAUCAAUGCAUUUUGGAACAAAGAAAACAAAUACCUCGGUUUUUAAUUCAACUUGUAACAUCUUCCCCUGUAUUGGACUGCAUGCCUGCAUAUUUAAAUGUAGUGGAGACCAAUCCAUUCAAACAUCUCACUCACUUGUCUCUAAAGCUUUUGGCAGGAAGUGACAGUGACAUCAAGAAGUAUCUUGCCAUCUGCAUUAAAAAUUUAAAGAUGGAAAACAAUAUCUUGGAGGAUAAGCUGCAGAAAUCAGAAGAGGGGCUCUUGAAAAGACUAACUGUAACACAGCAGGCUUUGGCAGAAAAAAGUAAGGAACUUGAUAAACUGCAAAAUGAAUGGAUGUCACAGACCACUUCAUUGACUAACAAAUACUCCGAGGAAAUCACAGCAGAAAAGGAGAAAGUGCUACAAGUAAGUAGAACUCACCAGCUUCAGCAUAAACAGCAAAAGAGAGAAAUGGAAGAAACUUGCAACAGAAAAAUACAUCACUUAGAAACAAGGGUAUCUGAACUGGAAACUGUUAAUAAGGAUCUCAAAGAGAAAAAAUACAAGUCUGAAUCUUCUAUAAGAGAGCUGAAAUCAAAAUUUGCAGGACUUGAAGAGGAGUAUCAGAGGGAAAAACAAGAAAUUCUGUCCCUUCGAAGAGAAAAUUCAACUCUUGACACAGAAUGCCAUGAAAAGGAGAAAUUACUGAAUCAACUAAGAACAUGCAUUGCUGUCCUUGAACAAGAAGUGAAGGAUAAAGAGCAAGUACUAAUAAGUGCAGAUGUCUGUGAAAGUGCACAAGAACACAAGAAAAAGUUGGAAGAAUCUCUGGCGAUAAAACCACUUCAAAUUAGAAAACUUGAAACCACUGUGAAGUCUAUUUCUGAGGAGCUUGUGAAAGCUAAUGAAAUUAUCAAAAAGCUCCAGGGAGAAAUGAAGACACUAAUGGAGAAGAUAAAGUUAAAAAAUGCAGUGACAAUUCAUCAAGAAAAAAUAUUAGAAGAAAAAGAGCAAACCCUUCAAAAGGAGAGAGAGGUGUUCAAUAAUGUGAAACAGACUCUUCAACAAAAAGAGGAAGAGGUCUUCAAGUUGCAAGAGCAGUUGGAUACUACUGUUCAAAAAUUGGAAGAAAGCAAACAGCUGCUGAAAACAAAUGGUAAGCAAAUAAUUUCCUGGCUAAAUAAACAACUGAAUGAGAAUAAAAUAGCAUCUAGGCCUGGGGCAUCAGGGCACAGUGAUAUGCCAUGUGCUGGAAGUGUUGCCAAUUCAACAGCCUUGCAGAAUGGCCUGAUACUGAUCAACUUACAAGUACAUUCCUCCAGUACUCUGUUACCUGAAACAAGACUUUGUCCACCAACCUCUUCUCCUAUUAUGCCCCCUAUCUCAGGCCAUGUGUAAGUUUUUCUUAUUUUUUUUUUUUUUUUGCUGAGUGCUAUAACAAACUAGAUCAUUUUAUGGCAACUUCUAAAGACAAAGUGAUUACAUAAGUUCCAUUUUCACUUGUGUGUGUAUGUUGCAUGAAAACUCACACAUUUUUCCAAAGUCCAGUUGCUCCUGUGUACG